AUGCCUUCCAGUAGUGAGACUGCGUCCAUUAAUGAUGCCAGCAACAUCGACGAUGGACGAUUGGACGACACCAGCAGCGUUGAAAGAGCAGCCGUGUUCCACGAUCUUGACACCUACCUGGAUGCCCAACUAAUGAACAUAAACUUCCUGGACCUGCCGGAUGGCACCUGGCCCAACCCCAUCUCAGCAAAUGGUGCUGCCGGCGACGGUAUCGUUGAUGAAGAUCUUUCCGCCACCACCAACUCCGCAGACCUUGCCCCAGCUCGUCGUGACUCCAUCUCAGCACAUUCAAACUCCUCCGUGAGUGUCGGCCGACCUCGUGGCAUUUCACUUCUCGCACCCGUGCUCAACCGGCAAUUCUCCUCCGAAUUAAUGGUCGCCUGGGUCUCA